GUUUGAGGUUAUGUGACGCGUUUUAUUUAUUUUUUAAUUAUUUAAAAACAACAAAGCCAAAAUGUUAAUAACUUACAUCCAAAUGAUAACAAGUGUAUAUAUUUUAAAUACAUUUUUAUUAGUAUUUUUUAUACUAUCAUAAUGAUCUAAGUAGACUUGAAAAUGGUUGUGAUUUUUCAUAUGAGAAAGUGCUUUUUUAUUAAGUUUAUUUUUUCGCUUUUUCUCUUCAUUUUAUUCGUACUUAUUUAUCUGAUAUUUAAGUUUUUCCACCAUGGUCUUCUAAAUGAAACUUUUACCACUUCAAACUGCCAAUAUGGAGAAAAAAUAGAUAUUGUAUACACCUGGGUGAAUGGUUCAGAUCCUAAAUUUAACAAAAACUUGAAUGAAUACUUAAAGAAUAAAAACAUCAGUUGUGAUUCUUCUAAACAAAGAUUUGAUGAUAAAUAUGAAUUGAAGUUUUCUUUGAGGUCAAUAGAGAAGUACGCGCCAUGGAUAAAUCAUGUGUACAUUGUAACGAAUGGGCAGAUUCCAUAUUGGCUUAAUUUGGAUUAUGAAAAAGUGACUGUUGUGACUCAUAAUGAAAUUUUUAAAGAUGUUACUAAUUUACCAACAUUUUCUAGUCCUGCUAUCGAAAGUAAUCUCCACAGCAUACCUGGACUGUCAAAAAAGUUUAUAUAUUUCAAUGACGAUUUAUUUCUGGCAUCUCCAAUUCACCCAGACGAUUUUUAUACACCCGGAAAAGGAUUUUUAAUAUACUUAGCUUGGCCAGUACCCAAUUGCGCCCACAAUUGUUUGUGGAUAUACGUAAAUGACGGACAAUGCGACAGAGACUGUUACAUACCGGAAUGUCAAAUGGACGGCAGCGAUUGCGAUGAUGAUAAUGAUGAUGCAGAUGAGCAGACGUUUUUCAACGUUGAAAGAGUCUAAGCUUCAAUUUCCAUUAUUACUAGUCCGAUUCAAACGGGACGGCAGCGAUUGCGAUGAUGAUAAUGAUGAUGCAGAUGAGCAGAAACGUACCAUUUACGAUUUCACUACCGAUAAUUCAGAAUAUGUAAACGAAGAAAAUGAAACUAAAAGUGCAGCUUUAGCAGAAACUAUAAAAAAAGUCCAAGCAAACUUUUACCACAUAUUUCUCAAAAAAUUAAACGAUACGAACCUUGUGAAUAUGAAUAAUACAUCGAUAAAAAAUAUUUCAAAUAUCGUAAAAGAUCACAAUAAUAAUUUAAUAAAAACUGAUAAAUUUAGAAGACAUAUAAAAAAACGUGACAAUUCUAAAUUUAGAAAGUAUUUCGAGAAAUUUAAAUUCACCAAAAACAUAGACGCGUACAGCGCUUCGUUGCAGCAUUCAAAUAGAGUUUUCAAUUCCAAAUACGGUUUCCAAACUCGAAAAGUUCCAUCACACGCUCCAAUUUUAAUAGACAAAGACAUUAUGAAGGAAUUAGAAAAUAAAUUUGUUGAAGAAUUUCGAAUAACUGAAAAAAAUAAAGUUAGAAGAAAAGAUGAUAUGCAAUUUUCGUUUACUUAUUACCAUUUCGUGAUGUCUGAGAAGAGAAAUAGAACUAUUGAAGAUAUUUUUGAUGAAUUUGAUACAGAUUCUUCCAAUACAUGGUCUGAUAGAGAGAUAAGGACUUUACUUACACAGUUAUAUGAACUACCGCUAAGCUAUGGAACUGUGGAUAAUUUUGAAUCCAAAUUACUAGAAUGUUCUAAGUAUGGAUCUUACCAGAAUGUUCCCGUUCCUCCGUAUGAGAGAUACAUCGACUCCAAACUGCCAGUAAUCUCAAAAUAUCUAGUCAAAGAUUGCCACUACAUAUCAACGUUACUUCUUCAAAAAUUUCAAAGAGUUUUUAAAUACAAAUUUGAGGUAGUUCAAAAUUCUGAUAAAUUUGUUUCAUUUGCCAUGCUCAACUCCAAUAUCAGCGACGUUGUGGGUAAUUUAGACGAGAUCAGAAGACAUAGAAGAAAAUUCGUUUGUUUGAACGACAACCUGGACGAAUCGAAAGAAUCAGAAAACGAACUCGUCAGAGCCAUCUUAUACGACUUUUAUUUAUCGUUAUUUCCGAUUCCUAGUAGGUUCGAACUACCGCAAGAGCUCAGAAAUAAAUUUGCUUACGUCGAAGAGCUAAACGAGUGGAAAUCUAACAGAAUGUUGGUCAAAAUAUGUUUGUACAUCUUAAUUUUUGUGAUAUUGUGUUUCAUUACUUUUAAUUCGUGUAAAAAGAUGUGUUAUCAGGUAGUUAAUAAAUUUUUUUGUUGAA